GUUAAGUAAUUUUUGUGUAAAUACGUUAACUUUUAUAUUUUCAUGUUUUCCUUCUUUAAUACGCCUAAAAAAGUGCAUUUUGUAUUUAAAAACGAAUUAAAAAUAUGAAUCUAGCUCUAAGGCAAGUCCUCACGAGGCAAACCUUUAGAAUAUGCGACAGACUUAGCUAUAAAUGUUUACCAAAACAACUCCCUAUAACCUCAACAAGCCCUGUUAUACAAUUUCGAAACUAUUGCGAUAACAAUGUAGAAACGAGGAAAUUGCCGCAGCUGAUGGAUUUCCCUCCAGUAGUGUGGCCUUCUUUUAUCAAAUUCAUCAAAAACUGGAUGUUUGCGAAUCUGAUUAUUAGACCGUAUUUUGAACCAGAGUUCAGCCUUGCAGAGUUUAUAGAAGCCUCUAAACAUGCAGUACAGGUUGUUUCAGAGGCACUCCAAAAGAGUGAUUUCAAAUCCUUGGAGGGCUUAGUGGACAAGGAGGCCAUUGCAGCCUUAAAGACUGCUAUCUCUCAGUUGUCCGUCACACAACGGCAGCUGUUGUCUAUUGACAAGGAAGACAUCUUCUAUGCUUUUCCGUAUCAGGUUGGAGUUAUGUUUGAUGAGUCAGACAAGCGCUGGGUAGAAAUCACAAUGUGCUAUCAUGUGCUUCGGGGUCUCAAACAAAUGCAGGAGAGUGGGGACUUGCCGCCAGUUUCAUUAGGUGUCCAGCCAGAAUACCAAGACAAAAUCUUCAUCCUAAACUAUAGAUUCAUCAGAGAAUUCACGAAAGGCGUAGAAGAUAGCUGGUGGGUUAACAUAGUGAACCACUUCCAGCCCCAAUCUUUGAUGCGAAAAUAGUGUUACUUUACCCAAUGUUAUCCCCAACUAAGUCAUGUAAAAAAAUGGAAUUAAAUGCAGUCAAAGUUUA